AUGCCCGGAGGAGUGGUGGAGGCCCGCGGGGCCGCGGGUGGGAACAGGCAGACCGUCGGGCUCGCGGACGCGCGGAGGGAGAACGCCAAGACCGCCAAGCCGUGGCACGCGGGCCCGAUGCUGCACGCCAGCGCCAGGGGCCCACGCCCGCGGCCAGGCGCUGCCGCGCCGGCGGCGGCCGGCAGGGCCCUGGCGGCGCAGGGCCAGCCGCCGGACUCUGCGCGCGGAGGCAUCGUCGAGCAGGCCCUGCGGCGGGAGGCGGACACGAACAGGGACGUGCACGAGGAUGAGCUGCCCCACCUGGGCCAGGCCCUGAGCGCGGCCGCCGCGGUCUCCAUGCGCGCCGGCAGAUUCGCCGUGGCGGACGUGGUGCGGGAGAGGUGCCACGCGCACGGCGGGCCGGGGCUGGCUGGGCACGUGCGCCCGGAGCACGGGCACGGGCCGGACGCGCGCGCCGCCGGCGUGAGGCACCCGCACGAGAUGCCCGGCGCCGGCCGCUUCCGCUCGUCCGCCGCGCCCGUCUACCCAGAGGCGCCCCUCAGCUUGGCGUGGUCGUCGUGCUCCAGGACGGGGAGGCUGCUGCAGGGCAGCACUGUGCUGGCCAUCCGGCCCGUGCAGCCGGGCGAGCACGGGGCCCUCUCGGCCUCGGCCGCCGCCACGGCCCCGGCGCUGGCCUGGGAGGACCGGCCCGACGGCGUGAGCUUCUCCGUGACACUGGAGAUGUGCGCGGGCGCGCCCCCGGGGCAGCGGCCCAAGGUGCUCGUGGGCGCCACGGCCGCCCCGCCGGCCGAGGGGUGCGAGGGCGUGCGGCUGCAGGCCGUGGCGCGGGACCCAGGCGCGCAGGCCGAGCAGUGCUACCUCCUAGGUUGCACCGGCGCCGUCUUCAGCGAGGGCGAGAGGGUGGGCAUGGUCGAGGUGGACUGGCCUCCUCCGAAGGAGGACGGCCGGUUCCCUGCGCGGUCCCGCGGCCGCUUGGUCGAGCUGUCCCUGCUCGUCGCGAAGUCGGGCGCUCUGCGGCUGUCGGUCGACGGGCACGAGGCGGUGAGGUCGCGGGAGGGGCUCGUGCCGUGGGGGCUCGCCCUGAGCGCGCGGGACUUGCUGCUCCCGAUGCUGUUGGUGGAGUCGAACGUCGCCAGGGCCACCCUGCGGCACCCGAGAAGCUGA